AUGGCCAUGUGGUACGCAUUUGGUGUUGCGCUGUUUGCCGCUAUCGGCACUUUUCUAUUCGGCUUUGAUACGGGUAUCGCGACGACGACGAUUGCUCACCAAAGCUGGAUUGAUUAUAUGAACAAUCCCUCCGAUGGGCUCACCGGUGCUGUUGUCGCUGUUUACAUCGCCGGCGAAGCAGUCGGCGCGUUUACGCAGACCUUCGUCGGGGACAGACUCGGGCGUCUCCGAUUCAUGGAGAUGAUGUGUGUCGUUGUCACGAUUGGAACGGUUAUUCAGACUGCGUCUGUUAACAUUGGAAUGUUCCUUGCGGGCCGAGUACUCGCUGGAUAUGCUGUUGGUGGACUAGUCGGCACAGUCCCAAUCUACCUCAGCGAAAUCUCAGACCCUCGCUACCGCGGCCUAAUAGGAGGAAUCUCAGGCUGCGGCAUCUCCUUCGGAACAAUGGCCUCCAACUGGGUAGGCUUCGCUUGCAGCUACGCCCCCUACGGUCCCGUGCAAUGGCGACUUCCUCUCGGUAUUCAGAUACCCUGGGGGAUUAUCAUGUUCAUCGGGUUGAUCACCUUCAUGCCUAAUUCGCCGCGCCAUUUGAUUCGGAUUGGGAAGAUCGAGGAUGCGCGGAGGGAGUUUGGUCGGAUUCGAAGGGAUUUGCAUUCUCAUGAGGUGCAGGAGGAGUUUACGCGUAUGAGGGUGCAGAUUGAGUAUGAGAUGGAGAGGGAGAUUACUUCUUAUAGGGAGAUUUUUAAGCUUUUUCGGCGGAGGGUUUUGGUGUCUAUUGCCGUUCAGACUAUGACGAGCCUUACUGGUGUGAAUGUGAUUCAGUACUACCAAACAAUCCUCUACAAAUCCCUAGGCAUAGACUCCCACACCAUCCUCGCCCUAGCCGCAGUAUACGGCAUCGUAGCCCUCGUCGUCAACUGCCUCACGACCAAAUACCUAACCGAUCAAUGGGGUCGUCGAAAGAUGCUCCUAUCCGGCCUAGCAGGAAUCAUCCUCGUCGAAAUCUACGCAGCCGUCAUGCAGAGAGAAUUCCAGAAUACGGAUAAUCGAGUCGGGAAGGGAUUUGCUAUUUUGGGGAUUUAUCUUUUUGUUGUCGCGUAUUAUGGUAUGCUCAACAGUACAACCUGGUUGUACGGCGCUGAAGUCCUGCCGAUUGCUCUCCGGAGUAAGAUCAUGGGAUUGGCGGCUGCAUCGCAUUUUAUUGUUAAUGUUGCAGUCACCGAAGCAGGCCCGAGUGCAUUCGCCAACAUCCACGAGAACUACUACUACGUUUUUGUCGCGUGUACGCUUUUCUUCUUGGUUAUUGCGUAUUUCUACUUCCCUGAGACGAAGCAGAAAACGCUGGAAGAAAUCGCGUCUGCAUUCGGAGACAAAGUUAUUUCAUCCGAUGAAAGGAGUAAAGAUGGUGGUAGGGAUGGAGACGAAGAUGGAGAUGGGAAGACUGGUUCACAGCAUGUGGAAGCUGUGUCGGUCAGGCAGAGUGGUUGA